AGGUAGCUUUAUGUGCUACAACAUAAUCCUAUAGCUGUGGUUCAACAACGCAGGUAAACAGACGCGAUGCUGCCAAUCCCCGCUCCGUACCACACCGCUCAGUCUGAGCCUAUCGCUCGUGGAAUGUACAAGUGAGACUCGUGCGCCAGCGCAACUUUGAAGUGUACCUAGUUUUUUUAAAUACACGUCUUAUAUAUCCCCAAAAAAAAUGGAAGCAUCAAGUUCAGAUUCUAUUCCAACAUUAUCUAUUGACGAAGCCUGCUCUGAUGGAUUGCCAAACUACCGCAAACAUCCAUACAAUUGUCAUUCAUACUAUGGUUGUUCAGAAUAUAAAGAUCUCUUCAUGUACAGUUGUGGUGAACACUAUUGGAACGAUGAAUUAAAAUCAUGCGACAUCAAGCCUACUGGUUUUUGUGCAAUAACAUCAACAACAACAUCAACAACAACAGCAACAACACCAACAACAACACCAACAACAACACCAACAACAACACCAACAACAACACCAACAACAACACCAACAACAACACCAACAACAACACCAACAACACCAACAACAACACCAACAACAACACCAACAACAACACCAACAACAACACCAACAACAACACCAACAACAACACCAACAACAACACCAACAACAACACCAACAACAACACCAACAACAACACCAACACCAACAACAACAUCAACACCAACAACAACACCAACACCAACAACAACAUCAACAACAAUCGAAACAACAUCAUCACUAAGAACAACUCAAUCUCCUAUUCCAACACCACCUAUUUGUGACUGGAAAACUGAAUAUUAUUCUUAUCCAUACGAUUGUUCAAAAUACUACGAAUGCCUUGAUUAUAAUCUAUUACUAAAAGAUUGCAAUAAAAACAUGUUUUGGAACGAUGAACUUAAAAGGUGCGAUCACAGCUGGAACGUCGAUUGCUCAUAUACAAUUGCAUAUCCAACAACAACACCACGUUCUAUGGAAUGUUCAGCUGAACAAAACUUUUUUGUACAUCCCAACGAUUGCAAGAAAUAUUAUGAAUGCAAUAACGAUAAUCUUGUAUUAAGAGAGUGCCCAGAGGCUAUGGCUUGGGAUCGGAAAAAGGAGGUGUGCGAUUUUAUUGGAGAUGUAGAUUGUUCUGAUAUAUAAUUUUGAAAAAAGUAAGUGUUAAACUUUAAAUAGGUAAUAAGAAAAAUUAUUUAUAACCAUAUUGAAUUGAUUCUAAAACAUAUUUUAAAAUAAACAUUUUUACUCUUUGGAAUUUAAUAAAAAUUACAUCAAAUUUG